AUGAGUACAGAUUUCGAUAGAAUUUAUUACAACCAAUCCAAGCUCGGUGGACGUUUCCGUCUAGCUGAAGGAGGUCUUGGUUGGAAGGCAUCCGCUACAGGUGGGUCAGCCUCUACUCAAAAUAAUGAACCUUUGCUAUUGGCUGCAGAUGAGGUUUCUUCCGUUCAAUGGAGUAGAGGAUGUAGAGGCUACGAAUUGAAAAUUAGUACUAAGAAUAAGGGAUUGAUUCAAAUGGAUGGGUUCCAACAAGAGGAUUUCAACCUAUUGAAGAAUGACUUCCAACGUAGAUUCAACAUGCAAUUAGAGCACAGGGAACAUUCUUUACGUGGUUGGAAUUGGGGUAAAUUGGACUUAGCUAGAAACGAAAUGGUUUUUUCAUUGAACGGUAAGCCAACUUUUGAAAUCCCUUACACGCACAUCAAUAACACUAAUUUAACAGCAAAAAAUGAGAUUGCAUUAGAAUUUGACACCCAAAAUGAGGCAUAUAAUCCUGCAGGUGAUGAACUUGUUGAAAUGAGGUUAUAUGUUCCAGGCACAGUUGAAGAAAAUGAAGAUCAAGAUCAAAUCAUGGUAAAGGACGAAGCAGAAGCAGAAGACGGUGUUAAGUCGGAGGUUAAGACGGAAGAGGGUAGUGAAGAACCAGACGUUCAAGAAGAGAAGACUUUAGCAGAAUAUUUCUACGAAGAAUUGAGAUCUAAGGCAGAUAUCGGUGAAAUUUCUGGUGAUGCCAUCAUUUCUUUCCAGGAUCUGUUCUUCACUACGCCAAGAGGCCGUUACGACAUUGAUAUCUACAAAAACUCUAUCAGACUUAGAGGUAAGACUUAUGAGUACAAGUUACAACAUCGUCAAAUAAACAGAAUCUUCUCUUUGCCAAAAGCUGACGACAUCCAUUACUUGAUGGUUUUAUCGAUUGAUCCACCAAUCCGUCAAGGUCAGACAUCCUACCCAUUCUUGGUGUUACAAUUCCAGAAGGACGAGGAAACAGAAGUCCAACUAAAUGUGGAAGAUGAUGAGUUCGAAAAGCUUUACAAGGAUAAACUAAAGAAACAAUACGAUGCUAAAACUCACAUUGUACUAAGUCAUGUCUUAAAGGGUUUGACAGGAAGAAGAGUCAUUGUUCCUGGUGAAUACAAGUCUAAGUAUGACCAAUGCGCGGUAUCCUGUUCAUACAAAGUCAAUGAAGGCCACUUAUACCCAUUGGACAAUGCGUUUUUGUUCUUGACGAAACCAACCCUAUAUAUACCCUUCCAAGAUAUUGCUGCGGUCAAUAUUUCAAGAGCUGGUCAGACAUCUACAUCAGCCAGAACAUUCGAUUUGGAAGUUGUUAUGCGUGCCAAUAGAGGUACUACUACUUUUGCUAAUAUUUCUAAAGAGGAACAACAACUUCUAGAGACAUUCUUGAGGUCCAAAAACUUGAGGGUAAAGAACGAAGAUAAGGAAGCAGAACAGAGACUGCAGACUGCCUUCGGCUCAGACAGCGAUGAUGAUGAUGUAGAUAUUAACAUGGGUUCUGCAGGUGAGGAUGAAGAAUCUGUAGAUGAAGAUUUCCAUGCGUCCGACGAAGAUGACGAUGUCGCUGAAGAAUUUGAUUCAGAAGCAUCCGCCUCCGAUUCAGAAGGUGAAACCUCAAAGUCUGAAAGACCUUCCAAGAAAGCCAAGUUGGAAUGA